GGACUAUAUUAUGAUAUUUGAAGGCAUCUGAAUAAAUUUGUGGUAUUUUCCCCAUCUGAAUCUCUGGGUAUACUACAGCAGGAUGGUUAUCAAAGAGGAACUGAGGAGACGUCGUUUCUGGCGUUCAGUGUUGGCAGAGACUUUAGGAACGUUUAUGCUGGUUUCUGUUGUAUUAGGAGCCUCUUGUUUGGGAACACAACAAACGCAUUCCUUGGCUCCAGCACUAGCAGCUGGGCUAUCAGUUGUGAGCUUGAUUCAGUGUUUUGGAGAGAUCAGCGGCGCUCAAUUUAAUCCAGCCAUAACAUCUGCUCUAGUGUGUGCCCGGAAAUUAGACCUACUCCAUGGAUUAGCCUUUGCUGUAGCUCAAUGUCUUGGUGCUCUGUGUUCGUCUGCUAUUUUCUAUGUAUGUGUUCCAACAUAUAUGAGCAAUCAGUUUGUCACAAGAGUGAACAGUGAAGGUAAUGCUGCACAGGCUCUGGGCAUGGAAAUAAUGUCCACAUUCCAACUAGCAUUCACAAUCUUUGCAGUGGAUGAUCGCAAACGGAGAGAUACUACAGAGUCAGGGAGUCUUGCCAUUGGCUUCUCUCUCACUGCAGGGGCUACCGCGGCGGGUCAUUUUUCUGGUGGCAGUAUGAACCCAGCCCGAUCACUAGGCCCAGCUGUUGUCACAGGGAUUUGGGAAAAUCAUUGGGUCUACUGGAUUGGACCAGUGAUGGGUGCAUUUUUGGCUGGUGCCUCUUAUGAGUUCUUCUUCGCAUCCAGUGCUUCACGAGAGAAACUAGUUGCUUGCCUAACUUGUAAGGACAUUGAAAUGGUGGAAACAGCAAGUGUAUCACGCUCAUCCCUUUCUAUUGCCACACGUACCAGACAAUCUGAUCGUAAACAGGAACAUACUUGACCGGAUGUGUUGCAGACAACAGAGUGCACAAGCUCUUUCUGGGCAUGUACAACUCAUAUUCAUUGUAAUACGUGGGGUUUGAUUUACAUUUCAAUUGAAUAUAACAGAAUUUUGUAUUUCACAUAGCCCAGUUUUCCCACACAUUUGUAUAUUGUAUUUAAAAAUUCUAGGUAAUCAUAUCUAUUUGUUAUGUUGCAAUUUUGACUGCAUUUUGUUUCAAUGUAAUUUUUAUUGAAAUGAUCAUAGAAAGAAAAAAUAUAAUCACAGUUUGAUGACACACAAAGCUACUAGGGACAAAGGAGCAAAGCACAAAAAGCGGCCAGAGUGGGCAAGGUCCCCAAAUAUGUAA